UGAACAUCACCCCAGGCGAUCGCUGCAGUGGUCAGUGGUCACUGCCUGUGAGGCUGUGAUUGUUGUGUUCCGGGCCCAGCUUGUCACCGACUCCCAAGACUGGAAGGGACUAACUUGUUGGUCAUCCUUGGCUGUUUCCUAGAUGUUGCAAGCUGGCUUGACAUAGACCAGGCACAAAGGAGUCCUAUACAAACCUACGCUGGCAACUUCAACCCAAUUGUGUGAAGAUCAUGACGACCGCCUCUUCCGGGGAGACUUCUUCUCCCGCAAGCCUAGCUCCGCCGCUCCCGACCCUGACCUUCGGGCCGGGCGGGUCUUUUUCCGUAAUCUGCACGGCGCGCAUACCGGGAACCCCAAAGUCAUGUCUCGAUGUGUUGCUCAGGGCAUCUGACUACCCGUCCUGGAACCGGUUCUGCAGAAAAUGCACCAUCGACGCCCAGCCAGAUGGACCAGUCGAGCCAGGCUCUCAAUCACCACCCGACCCGUCUGUACUACGCCUAGGCACCAAAUUCACCUUUGACGUGCACAUGGACCCAAGCUCGCCCGAAACCGGAGCCUCCGGACGGCCCACACCGCUCGAGGUCAGUGUGCUGGAGCCCAUCCACGACUCUUCUUCCUCGGGCCAUAAGGGAUGGCGGGUGGCCUGGCGGCAACGCAACGGGCUGCUUCUGCCCGCGUGGCUGCUCCGCUCCGAGCGGGUGCAGGAGCUUGUCGAGGUCGAUGGGACCCAAACCGAGUACCGCACCUGGGAGACUUUCUACGGCGUCUUGGCUCCUGUGGUGAGGCUUGCAGUGGGAAGCCAGUUGCUAGGGGGGUUUGAUGCCUGGGUGGAAGGGUUGAGGAGUAAGGUGGAGCGUGAGCGUGGAGGGAGUGUGUGAUGGAUUAUAAUGUUUGGUUGUUUCUUGAUUUGAUUGUCCUGACUGAGGUUACAAGCUCAUGGUCAAGUACUUCAUCUGCUUCGUUCUUGAAGAAUAAUGAUAAUCUAUGCUAACCCCCCGAAUUCAGUCCCCUGUCUCUCACUCUUCAAAGUACACUAUGAGCGGCCGCUCAGGAAGCCCGAGCCCCGCCGCGACUUUCUUAAGGUUGGCAUGCGCUGGGCACUCGUUGUCGUAGUACUCCAUGUCGUCGCGGUUGGCAAACAAAGUUUGCG